GAUUUGAAGAUCAGUGUGUGAAUUUCUGAGACCUACUUACAAGGUGUAACUAUUGGCAACAGCAGGAUUAUGGGAGAUUUCCUGGGUUUUAUUUGCAAGCUUCGGUUGAAAAUCUAUUCAGAGGAACACACUCUUCAUGUGUGCCUUCGGAUAUACAAGGAAGCCUAUAUUCUGAUGUCUGGAGCCCUGUGCCUUGUGGUGAAGAAAGUACAGAAUACUUAAGUUCUGGAUCAACUCCUCUUGAGCAGACUUCCAUGCAGCAGCAGCAAAACCAAAUCAACCUUAAGAAUCUAGUUCUUAGCAGAUAAGAGCUCUUAAAUGAGCAUGUUUUAUGGUGAAAAUACAAGUCAAUACUGUCUGUCUUGUACCAUCAACUUUUCAUCCUUCAGAAAAAUAAACAAUUAAUAUUUAUCAUGGGUGACGUAAACAGAAUUCCAGAUACCCACACUGAAUGUAGAUAAUUAAAUUUUUUUAGAUAAUCCAUAAUCAAGUUUAUCCCUUAAUCUUUUUAAAUCUUUCAGAAGUGAUUCUGCAAGGUUAUAACAUGUUGAAGGAAUACUGUAACUUUUUAAAUAAGGGAAGUAGUUUUAAUAUCACUUCAGUAGUGAGAAACUGUCUUGUGUAAGUCCAAAGAUUUUGUUCAGGGUUGGCAUACAGGAUUUAUUAUGGGACUGAAGUAAUUCCUGUAGUGGGGGUGAUUUGUCCUCUACCCAUCACCAGUCUCAGAACUCAGCUUGUGAAGCGCAUUACUGCGAAAUGUCAAACUGUCUGCCAUUUUGACAGCUAGAUAAGUGUUAGUCAGGUAUAUGUUCUGACUAUUUCUGAAGAGGGAAAUAUUCUCCCCUAACAUGUUGUUGUGAUCUGAAUUUCUGUUUAAUUGUUGGGGGUUUGAAGAAUAAGUUUAGUCUUGUCCAAUAUGUCUUCUAGUUUUACCUUUUGGUACAGGAUACUCUAUACUUUUUGGCAACAAUGAGCAGUGAAACUACUAGAGACAGAUCUGCUGGACACAUGUUAGGAUAUAGUAACCUAAAGCAGCAUUUACCUGGGAGAGAGAGAGAGAGAGACUCCCUGAGGAUGUCACGUGGGCUGCAACUGUGUGCUGAUUAGGCAGCAAGCUGUCUGAAGGCCAAGGGUUGAGAACCACUGCACUAGACUAAUGCAAAUAAUAUCAAGUGUCCGUUUUGUACCUUGCAAUCACAAGCCAAGAAAUCUGUCUAUUGUAUUUCCUUUCCGGUUUUAAGUAGAUUUAUUAUGCUUUACUCCUUCUCCCUCUCAGAGCACACAACUGAUGCAUGAAGUGAGACCUUUAUAUACUACAGUUUGUAUAAGUUGUACAGAACCUUGGGCUCCUUCAGGAUGAAAGAUAUUAACAUCUUAUCUCUCCAGGUCACCAGUGAACAAGGAGUAUUUUUUAAAUAUUUAUGACUUAAUAAAGUCUGUUACUUUAUGCUCAUGUUGUAUGAGGCACUUUGGAAGUCCAGUCAGUAUUCCUUUCAACAAAUAAUUAGUUGGGUUUUUUAACUUCAGUAUUGACUGCUGCCACUAGUGACUCAUGCUGCUGCUCUAGAUGAGUUUAUUUUUUUGUAGCUCUUACCUUUAAGUGUUUUUAUUAUACUACACAGGUUGCAAUCUCUUUGCCUGCCACUGACAUGCAGCUGUUCAACAAUAUGGUAGAGCAACAUUACUCAACACUUGACUAUAGGAAAAUUCUAAGCAUUUUAUCUGGAACAGUGCUGCUAACACUUUUUUAUGAAAAAGUCAUGGAUUCUUUAAUCAUUUAAAAAGAGAGAGGCUAUGAAUAUUUGCAGUGUUUCUAUCUAAAGGGGAAACAUCUACAUUCCUAUAGUUCCUGCCUCUCCUUCAAGAGUGUCAUGGUCCAGUGUGCUUAGUGUGUGAUAAAUCCCCACUAUUUUCCAUCUGACAGGGCACUAGACACCGAUAGGAGUUGCACUGGGAAGAAGAGGUUUUAGCCUUUUUUUUUUAAAAAUCUCCUAUCCUGAAAUCUCCCCUUAUCUAGUAGUUGCUCUACCCCGUUUUGUGUUUUAAAGUGUGUAUGCCUCAAUUACUUAAUGUUAUUUUUUUCUGACUUCUCAAUAACCUCUAAUCCCACCACUGUUAAAAUAAGACAAACAGCUCAGGGCCCAUUAUAUUAAAAAUUAGCCUUUUUUUUAAGAUUUUAAAAACUGUUUUUCUCCUGAAGUGUGUUUUUUUUCUUUCAUUAACAAUCCCUUUUCCUUCUCCCUGCUGUGAAUGGAAGUAGAUGGACCCAGUUUUGUUUCUUAUUUAACUAACCUCAGUGGUUGUCUCUUACCCCUAGGCCCUCUAACUUCUAAAUUAAAGCUCUAGUGUUUCAUCCAGUUAAGUCUUGCUUAGUAUAUAAUUCUCUAUGCUAAUAAACCCCAGUAAUUAAAAUAGAACACACCUUCCUUGUUUUUCACUUUGCAGCAAACUGGAGGGAGGGAAAUCCAAGAGCUGCAAGGCCUACCCCUCUCACUUGCCAAUAUUAAGCGUUCUACUUCGGACUAGGAAAAAGGACAAUAGCCUCUUAAACUCAAAUAUUUCACUAAGGGGCUGUACCUCAAACAUCUAUCACUGCUACAACUGAGGGGUUGGUGUUUAAGGGGAGAGGGGGCAAAAUGUCCAUAGGGAAACAGGCAUCUUCAACCAUGCUGUCCCUGACUCCUGCUGAACGAGACACCUGCAGCUAGCGAUUGGGUUUAUUUUUCCCUGCACCUUGAAUAAUUCCCAGGGGCCAGCAGGGCUCCUGGUGUUCCGGCCCCCUGAACCUUGUUCUUCCCGAGCUGCAGUGCCAGGAGGAGCUGGGGCAGCAGCGGAGUCUGCUAUGCCCCGGCUCGGAUGGGCUGGGGGCAGAGGAGGUGCCCUGCCUUGACGGUGCGUCAGAAGGCGAGUAGCGCUGCGCUCUGUGCUGCUGGGGCGCCAGCGCCAGGCUCAGCCCGGGUGUAACUGCGCUAAAAGCAGGCCGCGCUGAGCAGGUGAGACCCCCUACAGCCCAGAGGCGCUUUAGCCUGCGGGCAGAGGGCGUGUGGGCCGCACCCACGUGCUGGGCAUCUUUGGGCCGGUUCCGUACCCGGCCUCAGCAGGGGAUGGCACUGUUGGGGCAUGCGGGAGUCGUGCCGAAACCCUGCAUCCUCCACCGCCCGGAGCACCGCAGGGCGGGGCGCGGCAGCGAGCGCUUCUGUCCCGCCCGGUGGCUCCCUAGGGCUGGUGCAGCUCGGAGCUGCUCGCCGCCGCCUCGUGCUGCUACAGCCGCGCGCUGAUGUCACCUGCCGCCCGGGGGUCGCAGGUCUCCCCGGGGCUGCGGCUGCGAACCGCUCUCCCUGUAUCCUACAGCCCAAUGGCUUCCCCCUUGGGCAGCCCUCUCAGCGCGGGGCAGAGGCGGACCGGAGGCCUGGCUCCGAGCCCCAGCUCGGCCAUGAAGGAUCCGAGCGUGGAGCAGCAGCUCACGGUGGCUCUUCGGAUUCGUCCAAUCAAUGAAGCUGAGCUGGAGGAAAACGCUGCUAUCAUAGCCCACAGAGUGGGUGACCAGAUGGUGGUUCUGAUGGACCCAAGUGAAGAUCCAGACGACAUCUUGCGAGCCAAUCGAUCCCGAGAGAAGACAUUUAUAUUUGAUAUGGUUUUUGAUCACAAAGCGACCCAGGAGGAGGUGUACGUGUCCACGACCAAAAACUUGGUAGAAGGAAUCAUUUCUGGAUACAAUGCAACCGUUUUUGCAUAUGGCCCAACAGGGGCAGGGAAAACCUACACUAUGCUAGGGACAGACUGUGAUCCUGGGAUCUACAUCCGCACCCUAAAUGACCUCUUUAAAGCCAUUGAGGCAACCAGUGACAACAUGGAUUACACCGUCUCCAUGUCGUACCUAGAGAUUUAUAACGAAGUGAUCCGUGACCUCCUGAAUCCAUCCUCUGGAUUCCUAGACCUCAGAGAGGAUGCUAGGGGUAGCAUCCAGAUAGCAGGAAUUACUGAAGUCUCCACUACAAAUGCGCAGGAGAUCAAGCAGCUGUUAACAAAAGGAAACAUAGAACGCACUCAGGAACCCACCGCUGCCAACAAGACAUCUUCCCGCUCACAUGCAGUCCUCCGGGUCACAGUGAAACAGAAGAGUCGGGUGAAGAAUAUUAAUGAGGACGUGCACGUGGGGAGGCUUUUCAUGGUUGACUUGGCAGGGUCUGAGAGAGCAGUCCAGCAGACUCAGAACCGAGGCAAGAGAAUGAAGGAGGGAGCCCAUAUCAACCGCUCGCUGCUAGCUCUGGGGAACUGCAUCAGUGCCUUGAGUGAGAAGGGAGGAAGUCGGGCCCAGUAUGUCAAUUUUCGAGACAGCAAACUCACACGCUUGUUGAAGGACUCAUUAGGGGGUAACAGCAGGACAGUUAUGAUUGGCCACAUCAGUCCUGCCAGCAUCUACUUUGAAGAAUCUCAAACAACCUUGAUCUAUGCUUAUCGAGCAAAAAACAUCAAGACAAGGGUAAAACGCAACCUGCUGAAUGUCUCCUAUCACAUUGCACAGUACACCAGCAUCAUUUCAGAUCUACGCAGGGAGAUUGAGGGUCUGAAGGCAAAGAUUGAAAAUCAGGAAAAGGAGAAGAGUGCAAUCCGCUCUGACGUCAGGGAUGUACAAGUGGAGGCACAUCAGGAUUCAGAGGCGUACAGCCGGCAAGAGAUGAACAAGUUACGGGAGCAGCUGAUCGGGGCUUUCAAGGAGCAAAUGGAGAUGCGCCGCAGCCUCAUGGAGCUGGAGCACACCAACAUUGAGCUACACAUUGAUACCUCCAGGCAUUUGCUAACGAUUGCCGACUGGGAACGAGAGAAGACUCAGCAUGCUCGGAAGUGUUAUAACAAGCUGGUGAACGGAAAGGAAGAUGAAAACAUGGAGGAGGCAGACAGAGAAUUAGAGGGGGCAGGUUCUCCUGAACUUCAUGAAGUCACUGUAGCAAGAGAGGAGAUCAACAUGCUGUUGGCAGAGCUGCGAAAAACAGCAAUCUUAAAGUCGGAGCUGGAGCGGCGCUUAGCCAAUGCCAAGAAAAAAGCCUCCCAGAUGGAGAAGCUGUUACCCAAACAAAUCACCAGUGAGGACCAGCGAGAGGUGCUGAGACUUCUCUGCAAGGCUCAUGAACUGGAGGUGGGGAACACGGAGUUGCAGGCGAAUGCCUUGUACAAGGAGAAUCUGCUGUGCCAGAAGGAUUUUGUCAUCCAGCGGCAGCAGCAGCACGGGCUGCUCUGCGAGGAAAUCAUUCAGCAGCAGCAAAUGCUGAUCAAAGGCCAUGACAUCCCUGUCCCAGAGACCCUGGGGACGCUGUAUCAACUGCACUGCCGUGAGCUAGAGGAGGGGACCCUGACCCGCCUGCUCCUGCUUCACUCUGUGAUGUCCAGCACGCUGAGGUCCCACCAACCUCCUUUUUUUCUGUGGCCCCAGGGUGGCUCUGCUCUGAAUAUAGCUCAGCAGCUGGACCUAAACAAAGAAGAGGCCAGAAAAGGGCUAUCUGGCAACAGGAAGGGUCUUCCUUCUGGAGCAAAGUUUGAGCUUCCGUCCAUUGUCUUGGAGUCAGAGAGUGACAACUACAGAUCAUCUAAAACGACACCUGCUAGGAAACUGGGGAAUCCAGAUACCCAUCUCAGCCCUACUUUCUUUCGCUUGCCAAGAACCCCACUGCACCAGCAGAAACCAACUGGCGUUGCUGUAGGAAAGAUGACCUCCAAGCUAUGUUCCCCCACCUCCCUGGACUUAAAUAGGAGAAAGUCAGCUGCAGAGAUCGCUCUUGCCCCACUCAGUCUGGAGGCCUUGACGGAGAUUGCUGUUAGCACCAAAAGCAUCUCCCGCAUUGCAGCCAGACGGCGUUCCAGAGCCCGACACAGAGAGCAUGGGAGUCAGCUUACCUCUGGGCAUUUCUUUGAGGAGGAUACAUUGGAGCUGAAAUAUCUGCAGUCCAGCUUCACUCCAGAGCCUCACGUGAAAGACACCGUGAGUAUCGAGAGCCUCUCAGCGGAGUCCCAGAGAAAGGAGCAGCUGUACUACACAGCCAAGAGAGAACUGAAGAAGGAUCGAGAACGAGAGAAAUCAGCUGAGAGGAAAGCCAGGAAGAAAAGAUCUCGUUCCCUUGAACCAAUCUCCCAAAAGAUCUCGAAAGCAAAGCAUCGGACUCCCUCGAGCCACAAUAUGGACAAUGUUUCUGAGGACCAGCUGCCCCGAGCUAAACUCUUCCAGCCGUUGAAGAUCAUGAGCAACUUAUCCCAUGCCACUCCUGCUGCCACCAAGGUCAAAUUCCCCAUCAGACACCAUACAGAAGAAAAUCCAUUACAGGUGCUGGAGAUAAGCAACACUUCCCCAAGCAAUGUUCAGCAGAGCAAUGCAGGUCAGACCAGAGGCCAGGUCCUACAAAAGCGGGUCAAAGGGCCCAUAGAGGGUGCCAGCAACCAGCCGAAGAACCAACCCAUCACAGGCUUCAAGAACCUGACGAGGUCAAAAUAAAAUCAUCAGGGAGAGCAAGAUUCCAUCUGUUCCUGAGGGACCAGGACUACAGGGGUACUAA